AUGGAUGAAAUGAACGACAGACAGGAUGCCGCAGCCAGCCAGCCAGACAGGGUACGUGAGAACGAGUGCCGGGAAGCGUGCAUCCGGUGCGGCUACACAGAUGAUGUAGUUCUUAUGAGUGAAUCGGCAGAUGAGCUUCAAAGUUUGUUGGAUGUAGUGGAUGGCUAUGGUAAAGACUUUGGAGAGUUGCCGAUCCAAAGGCCUGGCUCAGGAGUGAUCCUGUGCCACCUGUACCAUCAAGAUCAAAAUCAAGAUCUGGCGCCAAGUUACUUGUGUGUUUUGUUGUCUGUGUCUGUUGGAGCGUCCGCGUGCUGCGUGGUGGUCAGUGGUCAGGUCACGCUGAGUGUGCGGCAGCUUGCGCCUGUGUCUGAGCUGGCCUGGGUCACCUGUGGUCACCUGUCCACUCUGUCUGGCCUGGGUCACCUGUGGUCACCUGUCCACUCUGUGUCUGGUGGAGGGAACAGACAAGACGUCAGCGUGGUGGUCAGUGGUCAGGUCACGCUGAGUGUGCGGCAGCUUGCGCCUGUGUCUGAGCUGGCCUGGGUCACCUGUGGUCACGUGCGGAGUGGCGGCGCCUCCCUGGGCUCACCUGAGGGCGUGCAGGAGAACAGACGCGGUGAAAGAGCAAGGCCAGACUGGCAAGUCCUCCUGUCCAUUGUGCCCCAGAGCCUCUCAGAUCAGUGGCUGGCAAGUCCUCCCAUCCUCUCUGCCCCAGAGCCCCUCAGGUGCAAGGUCGGUGUGCAUCCUUGGUGCAGCCCCAGGGUUCCUGCAGGAACAGCCACGGCCAGGAGCAGCGUUGCAAUGGAGGGUGCGAGGCCAGGCAACAGCAGCAGCAGCAGCAGCAGUAGUAACAGCCUGGAGCAGCAGGUGACCCAAGGCGGGAGGACCUACACUUGUGACCACUGCGGCAAAUUGUGCUCCACCAAGGCUGCCAUUGCCAGACACGUCCUCUCCCAUGCCAGCAAGACAAGGCUGAGAGGCAGGAGUGGCCCCGCUGAACACACUGCCACCCACACUGGUGGCAGGAACCACAAGUGUGACCUCUGCGGGAAGACAUUUGUCCAGAAGAGUCAUCUUGCCUCACACAUCCUCACCCACACUGGGGAGAGAAAGUUCCAGUGCCUGGAGUGUGGGAAAAGAUUUACCCAGAAAAGUCAUCUUAACACACACAUCCUCACCCACACUGGGGAGAGAAAGUUCCAGUGCCUGGAGUGUGGGAAAAGAUUUACCCAGGAGAGUCAUCUUAACACACACAUCCUCACCCACACUGGGGAGAGAAAGUUCCAGUGCCUGGAGUGUGGGAAAAGAUUUACCCAGAAAAGUGAUCUUAACAGACACAUCCUCACCCACACUGGGGAGAGAAAGUUCCAGUGCCUGGAGUGUGGGAAAAGAUUUACCGUGAAGAGUAAUCUUAACACACACAUCCUCACCCACACUGGGGAGAGAAAGUUCCAGUGCCUGGAGUGUGGGAAAAGAUUUACCCGGAAGGGUACUCUUGAGAGACACAUCCUCACCCACACUGGGGAGAGAAAGUUCCAGUGCCUGGAGUGUGGGAAAAGAUUUACCUGGAAGGGUUCCCUUGACACACACAUCCUCACCCACACUGGGGAGAGAAAGUUCCAGUGCCUGGAGUGUGGGAAAAGAUUUACCAUGAAGAGUUCCCUUAACACACACAUCCUCACCCACACUGGGGAGAGAAAGUUCCAGUGCCUGGAGUGUGGGAAAAGAUUUACCCAGAAGUGUACUCUUGACAGUCACAUCCUCACCCACACUGGGGAGAGAAAGUUCCAGUGCCUGGAGUGUGGGAAAAGAUUUACCCAGGAGAGUAAUCUUAACACACACAUCCUCACCCACACUGGGGAGAGAAAGUUCCAGUGCCUGGAGUGUGGGAAAAGAUUUACCCGGAAGGGUUCCCUUAACACACACAUCCUCACCCACACUGGGGAGAGAAAGUUCCAGUGCCUGGAGUGUGGGAAAAGAUUUACCCAGAAGUGUACUCUUGACAGUCACAUCCUCACCCACACUUGGGAGAGAAAGUUCCAGUGCCUGGAGUGUGGGAAAAGAUUUACCCAGGAGAGUAAUCUUAACACACACAUCCUCACCCACACUGGGGAGAGAAAGUUCCAGUGCCUGGAGUGUGGGAAAAGAUUUAACCGGAAGGGUACUCUUGACAGUCACAUCCUCACCCACACUGGGGAGAGAAAGUUCCAGUGCCUGGAGUGUGGGAAAAGAUUUACCCAGGAGAGUAAUCUUAACACACACAUCCUCACCCACACUGGGGAGAGAAAGUUCCAGUGUCUGGAGUGUGGGAAAAGAUUUACCCGGAAGGGUUCCCUUGACAGACACAUCCUCACCCACACUGGAAAGAAGAAGAGAAAACAUCCAAAAUCAUAGCUGUUGCAGUCCCCGGUGACUCCGGCCUCAGUAGAGCUGAAAGGCACAAAACUACAAAAUAUCACAACCUAAAAAGUGACCUGGGAACAACAUGGUCGCCGAUGGACACCGGUAUAAUACCAGUGGUGGUGUGGGCGACAGGGCUAAUGAAGAAAACCUGGAGAGCUGCCUGGAGGCAAUCCCCGGUCGCCCAAGUGCCCACGAGGUACACACAGCUGCGGUCAAGGGAACGGUCGCCACGCUGAACAUAACCCUCGGAUGGAAUGCCGGCGCUGCUGAGGGUGUGACCGCUAACACCAGGCUUGGAGCCCAUUGCACUCACCAGACAACAAAACAGGAAAGUGCAGAAAACGGGGAGAGAAUGUUCCCGUGCCUGCAGUGUGGGAAAAGAUUUACCCACAAAGGUAAUCUUAACACACACAUCCUCACCCACACUGGGGCUUGUACAAACUCAGUGCACCCUGAGUGUAGGAAGACAGAAGGAAGCAGAAACAGAAGGAUCUGCUCUGAACCACCCUGGAGAGAGAAACUGCAGCAGAGGAUCACCCAUCAAAGAGAAGAAAUCUGGCAGAUAACAAGCUUCCUGCAAGACCAAAACCACACAAGGAACCUCCUCAAGAAAACAGACAGAAUGACAGGAAGGCGCAGCGCAAGCAACGGCCGGCCGGGCGGAAGACCGGCAGGGGCCGAGCCCCGGCCGAAGCCUUGGCACCACAAAUGAGGACAAAGACAAGAAAAUAAAGGCCAGAAAGAUGAAGAGGCAGCUUGCAGAAAAGCCAGGGGUGGUGUGCAGACACAUGGCAAAGACCUCAACAGAAGUACAAGACCCACCCGAGAAAGAAGUGGCCGAGGGAUGCUGGAGGCCACUGCUGGAAGACCCCACGCAGCAUCAGGCAGCCCCUGGGAUACAGACCACCACGGUUAAACACACAAGUAAACAACAACAAUGCCAGCUGUUCAGCUUACACAGGAAGGUCUGCUGAGAAAGAGUGAGUCAAUGCAGCAAGUUUGAGGCUCCAGGUGUAGACAAAGCCCCAAGUUUUGGGUCAGAAAGAUUACACGAGUGCACCGUUCCGUGCACUCGUUUCUACCAGACUCCAGAAAGGAAAAGAGGAGCCCCCACAAUGGCUGGCCACUGGAAACACCAGCCUGCCACCAAACACCAGCCAGACUCCACUGCCAGACAGACACAGAGCCGUCCGCUGCCCAUCAACAACACACAGGUGGCCGACAGAGACACCGGUGUGGAGUUUGGUCUGGUGGAGUGCUCCACAUGCACUGGCAGGACUGGCAAGAAGGUAGCACCAGAAACACACACACUGGUGAACAGGACUGCAUUCAACACCUUGCCAUUCAACACCUUGCUCAACACCCCACAUGCAAGUGUUUGGGAACACAAGAGAAUGCCACACUACAACACAAAAAAUGAGAAAAACAAUCAACAAAGAAUUACCUUAACACCUUGAAAAAGAUUUGCAGGUCAGAACUAACACCAAAAAACAAGACUACUGCCACAAACCAGCUGGCAGUACCAGUAGUGACUUGUGGGUGUGGUGUGGUGUGGUGACUGGCCACAAGACUACUGCCACAAACCGGCUGGCAGUACCAGUAGUGACUUGUGGGUGUGGUGUGGUGUGGUGACUGGCCACAAGACUACUGCCACAAACCAGCUGGCAGUACCAGUAGUGACUUGUGGGUGUGGUGACUGGCCAAAAGGUUUAUUCUGAAAUGUAAUCUUGACAAACAUCCUCACCCACACUGUGGUAAGGAAGUACAGGUGUGGUGUUUGUGGCAGUGUUUCUGUAGGAAGAGUGGUGUUGCCAGACACAUCCAAACACUCCUGUGGGGGUGAGGUGUUGUGGAUGUGCUGGUGGUGUGUGAGGGACUUGGAGUGACUAGUGUUUGUGUGUUGUUACUUUGUACUCAAGUGUUGGAAUAAACUUUUGUUGCUAGAA